UUAAUUAAGAUAAUGGGAGAAACAAAAGAUGAUGAGAAGAAUGAAAUUCCAAAGAAGGAAAAGCACCAUGAAGAGAAAGAGAAAGGGAAACACCCGGAUGCAGAUGGGAUUGGAGAAAAAGAAAAUAAAAAAGAGAAGAAGCAGAAAGAGAAGGAAGUUAAAGAUGAUGAGGAGAAAGAAAAUGGUGGAAAAGAGAAGAAGAAGAAGAAGAACAAGAAUCCAGAGGACAAGAAGGAUCCUGCAAAAUUAAAGCUUAAGCUCGAAAAGAUCAACGCGAAGAUGCAAGCAUUGGCAACAAAGAGGGAUGAGAUCUUGAGACUCCUUCAUGAGGCAGAACAAACCGCUGCCAAACCAACCGAAGCAGCCUAG